UGUGAGAUCUGAAAUCGUGUGAGAAUGCGGACGAGAACUCCCCUGCCUCCCUAACACCUCCCCCUCCCCUUCUUCUUCCCCGUCAGAUCCUGGAAACACUUGUGAGAGAUUGCAUCGCCUGAAUAUACGGAUGGAAUUUGUUUAUUUCUUCCCCGUCAGAGCCUGGAAAUACUUGUGUGAGAGCUGAAACCGUCUGAGAGUAUACGGACGAGAACUCCCUUGGCUCCCUAACACCUCCUCUUCCUCCUCCUCCUCAGAUCCAGGUGAAGGACAACGGGGCGCCGCAGCUGAUGGCCACCACGCGGGUCCUCGUGCGUGUGAUGGACGUGCCCGAGGAGUCUCCCAACCCGCCGGUCCUGCAGCCGCCGCCCCCCGCCCACGUGAUGGAGACGGACGCGCCGGGCCACCUGGUGUCCUUCAUCAACGCUCGGGACCCGGAUAACGACACCUUGUGGUACUACAUCACAGAGGGUGACGAGAGCGGCCGGUUCAGCAUGGGCGUGGACUCUGGCCUGGUGAGCCUGGCCCGCCGCCUGGACCACGAGGAGCAGCACCACUACGCCCUCACCGUCACGGCCACAGACGGCGUCCACACCGCCGCCACCAAGCUCGUGGUGGAGGUGAUGGACGCCAAUGAUCACCGCCCGGUGUUCAGCGCCAGGACCUACGAGGGUGCCGUGAGCGAGGACGUGGCGCCGGGGUCCACCGUGGUCACCCUGCAGUGCCGAGACAGGGACCAGUCACCCACGGCGUCCUCCGCGGUGUACUUCACGCUGCACCACGCCCAGGCCUUGGCGUCCCAGGGCCUCUUCACCGUGGACUCGUUCACUGGUGACCUCAUCGUGGCCGAGCCCCUGGACAGGGAGGUGUCCAGCGUCCACGAGCUGACCGUGAGCUGCAGGGACCGCGGCCGACAGGAGAACGCAGACUUGGCCCGCGUGUCCGUGACGGUGGAGGACGACAACGACCACGAGCCCGUCUUCCUGGAGCCCAUGAUCAUCGCCAAGGUGAGCGUGGGGGCCGCGGCGGGCACGGCGGUGGUGCGGGUGAUGGCGCUGGACCACGACAAGGGCGACAACGGCAGGAUAUCCUACUCCAUCUUCGAGGGUAAUGCUGGAGGAAUCUUCAACAUUGACACUGCCCUCGGCGUGAUCAGCCUCACCCGAACCCUGGCCGACGCCCAGCCCCCGGAGUACCUGCUGCUGGUGCGGGCCACGGACCACGCCGCGCAGGCCCGCGCCGCCUCGGUGCCGGUCCGGGUCAUGGUGACCGCCUCGCAGAGCUCGCCGCCCUCCUGGCAGGGCAAUAAGCCGCACGUGGAGGAGGUCGGGGAGUGGGUGGGGUUGGGCACGGCCCUGGCGCGCGUCACGGCGUCCUCACCGUCGGCCCUCCACUACUCGCUGACGGGCGGGAAUGAACACAGCGCCUUCGUCAUCAGCCCCGCCUCGGGGGUGGUCAGCGUGGCCACGCCCCUGGACUACGAAACCACCUCCUGGUACAACCUGGUGACUCCCUGCCCCGCCUGGUACGCGAGGAAAACACUCAACAAAUGUUCAUUACAAGGAGGAUAUUCUUUUCAGGGGGAGAAAUCACAGGUACUCAGCGAUCUAGAUCCAGACAGAGUAGUUUGGCCCAGAGAAAUGUGUAUAGGCCUAGACGUCAAGCCAUUACCAAAAAAAGGCAAUUCAUAGUCUGUGAAUCUAGAAUAUCUAGUCUAGGGAAACUUGACUUCUCUUUUCACCACUAAUGUCGAUAUUAUCUGAAGCAUUUCUGCCACUCCUUAUAAACACAGCCUCAGAUAAGAUAUUACCCACAUGCUGUCCUGAUCUUCAAUCAACCGUCACUUCAGCGACUUCGGUAAAGAGCGCUACAGGCAGCACAUAAAAAAGUGGGUUUCAGCGCUGGUGUUCUGCCAUGGUGACGCGCCCCCUAACCCUCCCCCAGGCCGGGGUGUCCCGCAGCACGUGGCUGGGCGUGACGGUCCUCGACGAGAACGACUGGUGGCCGGAGUGGGAGCGACUUUCAUACCACGGCAGCGUCCUGCAGACCGCCGGCCGCGGCGCCCCCGUGCUGGCCGCCCACGCCCACGCCUA